CCCCCCUCUUCUUUCUCCUCUUCUCCCAACACAAAUGCUUCGUCGCAACGGAAAGCCGACCUCCUGCGAGCCAUGUCGGCUCUCAAAAGUUCGGUGUGACCAUGUCACUCCGAUCUGCCGGCGUUGUCAAUCUCGAGGCAAUGCCACCCAGUGCUUUUACCAUCCAGCCCCCUUGACACGGGUCAAGGACCGAGCGAUUGGACGCACGAGAGCAUCUCAAAGACGAGGGGUUCGUCGCCAGUCUUCGUUGGAAGUAAACAGCGCAGGUCUGACGCCAGAUCAAGCUCCCCUUACAGCCUCAUCGCCCCAGAAGGGCUCAAAAGCCAAGGAUGCACACGACUCGGAAUUCUUGGGCUCGACGAGCUACCUGUCCGUCUUCAAAGACACGCCGCGAGGAAUCACACGAAAGGCAAGCCGGUCUCUUUAUGCCGAGUCUGAGUACUGGCGCACUGAGCACGCCUAUGCUUCCUCACGGCUGAUCCGUCUGGCUUCCGCUAUUGUUUUUCAUCGUGAACAGAUAGAGUGGUAUCAUUCGGUCAGCCGGUUCACCAUCGUUCCAGCGCCAAUAGUUAUAGACUCGCUGGGCCGAGUUCAAGAGGAUAUCGAACGUAAUCCGUGGGAUGUCACGGGCAACUGGAAGGGCCUAUAUGAGAAGAUUACAUCUGCAACGGGCCGGCCCCUUGAAAUCUCUAGUGACACAUCAGCAGGCGAGUUCUAUGCGCAAUUCACUGGACAGAACCUCCGUUGGGAGUUUAUUGCUCUAAUGUUUGCCUCGUCAGGUAUCAGUGUCAUGGUUCGAUAUCCAGGUCAUCAUAUACUGGAGCUGGCAAAUGAGAACAUGACCGUUGAGACUUUCAUGAAAGAAAUGGUUCUGGCAGGGAAUACAUGCAUCGAGAUCAGUAAAAAGUAUGCAAUCGUGAGUGAUUUGAUGCUGAGGGCGCGAUAUAUGCAUGCCCAUUUGACAAUGGAGGUAUUGGGAGAUACCAGUAGCCGCCUCCCUGCUGCAUACGUUGAUGAGCUACUGAUAAACUAUAGGCGAGCGAUUGUACAGUCUCUUUGGAGACCUGAUCUCUAACAUUUAUACCAUUGGUCUCCAUCAUUAACCUUCACGUGACGUGCCCUUCUUUCUGGCGGAGACCAGGAAGAGAAUGUUGGCUGUCGUCCAUCGAACGGACAAGAAGAUCGCAACCCUAAUGGCACGUCCUCCUCGCCUGCCGCACCAAUAUUGCGAUGCAGAUCCACCACUUGAUAUUUCGGAUGAGGAUCUGUUUCUCGACAGCCCAGCAAUCAAUUCCGUACUAGCAUCUCUCGAUGGCCAAGGCUGGCAUCGUGA